AUGUCACUAGACACACUACUAGCCCAACACUUGCCCAAAGAUGAGCAUUUCAAAUACAUUUACAUCCAAUCAAAACCAACAUACAUCAAAUCACCAAUAAAUAUUCCCAAAUCAACCCCUGCAUCAACCCAGGAGCGACCUGAUACUGUCAAAAUACGACACUUUUUCAGCUUAAUUGAUCAAGAUGUUAUUGUUUUGGGGAUUGAAGUAUUUACUUAUUUACAGAUAUAUCCAACUUGUAUUGAUCAAUAUAUAUAUGUAUCUAAAUGUGAUACUACUGGAUUGAAAAAAUUGAAAUUUCGAGUUGGCGACGUUGUAAGGGAAGUGUUGCGGUAUAUAGUGGAUUAUGAUGUUGAAAGAUACAGGAUUAAAGACAAGAAACCUGUUGAGCAGCUGGGUGAGGUGAAACUGGAAAAGAGUAAUGAGUCCGGUGAUGGUGGUUACACAAAUUCAACUGUGGCAUUGAUUGACAAACUACAACGCAAAUUGACAACCGAUCCGAGUCAUUUCGGUACCCUACCAUACUAUAACAACAACACCCCUCACCCCAAAACUAGCGGCUCUAAUUUCCAAUAUCGUAAACUACCCACAACGCAAAUCAAUUGUCAUAUAUGUUUGUUCACCAAAACAGCACCGCAAUACAUUUUCCCCAAUUCAUCUAAAAACAAGUACAAGCAUCUUGGUAAUGGACAAGUAUUGCUCAAAUGGUGGUUGCGGAUCAUUGAAUCUGUAUGUGGAGACCAAUGGCCCGUUAAAAAAUUGAUUAUCCCCGGUUCGGAUACAGUGGCGAUGCGCAAGUUUAUUGAUCCAUUGUCGCAAUGGUCAAUUGGUCACAUAUUUAGUGCUGAUGGCUCUGAUUCCAAUCACGAGUCAAAUGAAGCCAAUGCAAAACUGAAUUUAGCGGUUUAUAAUAUCCCGCUUUUCCCUGAUGAUCCAAAAGGUCGGUUUUUGGAACAUUUGAUUGUUGAGAAUCGUUAUUUCAAUGUUUCAGUUGAUCGAUUUUAUCAAGAGUUGGGUUUCAGACAAGAGUUUAGAUUAGGUGAUUGUGUUGGGUUGAUUGGGUGUAGUAAAAGCUACACAACGGCAGAGCAACACGUAUCCGAGGCGACGGUGGUGGAUGAAGAAUCCGUGGUUAAAGAUUCAAAUGAUGCUCAUACUAAAGAUGUGAUUGUUGUAUCCAUCCAUCAUUAUAAACAAUUUAUCAACAAUGUAAUAAAACUGAUCAAUUUUGAUAAAUUGAUUGACGUUGAGUAUUUAACCCAAUUGCAAAUCCCUAGUUUUUUCAAGGAGACUAUUGGCAUGGAUGAGUUUGAGUAUGGUGGUGUUGCUGAGGAGAAGAAAAAAGAAGAAGAGAUGAAAAAACUUGGCGAUGUAACAGGGGAAAAGAGAAAGUUGUUGUUAGAUGUAAAUGGCACUGGUGGUGGUGGUGCUGCUGCUGUUAAUAAGGCUAAUGAUCUUACUGGGUUGAUCAAAAGAAAAAGGAAGAAUUAA